UGUGUGUGUGUGUGUCUCCGCCCACACACAGGUGUAUCAGUUGAGACAGAACUGCCGUGUCAUUUCCUCCCGGAGCUGCAGGACAAGAGGAUUAAAUGAGCCGAGUGCCAGAUAAUGGAGUGUCAGCGCGAGUCUUUGGUCUGGUUCAAAGAGUCACAGCUCGGGGCUGUGAUCAGAAACGGCAUCGUCCCCGAGUGGUUUCAUGGGAUCAUUUCCAGAAAUAUGUCGGAGGAACUGCUGAUGUCCAAGCAGCCGGGAUACUUCCUCGUCAGAGUCAGUGAGAGCCGGAUCGGUUACACUCUCUCAUACCGUGCUGGGGACCGAUGCAGACAUUUCAUGAUCGAUGCAUUAGAGGACGGUCAGUACAUCAUAGUUGGAGAGGACAUAUUUCACCAGGGUCUGCAGGACCUGAUAGACUUCCACCGUAGGACUCCCAUCAUGCCUUUCAGCGAGUUGCUGACUGUCGCUUGUGGACAGGGAUCCAAUGACAAGUGUGACUAUGCAGAGUUGCUGUUUCCCCAAAAACCUGUAAGUACCCACAUCAAUUGGAUAGAGAACAACUCGCUGCCUCCCAGCGUAACUCUCCCACCAUCAGAAGAAGACGUCCCCCCCGCUCUUCCUUAUCGACCAGAUUGCUUUAAGAACUCUGCAGUCCUGUCUCCAAACAGACUCUACCCUAAUCUGAAGGAAGAGUUUCCAUGCGGCAGCCCUCCUCUUCCAUCACUGCCUGUGACCAGAAAGAGAUCGGACCACCCCACAUCCAACCAGCCUCCCGAGGUCCCCACUCGAGGCUCCUUCCCUCCACCGAGGCAGAACCAGGCUUGCAUCAGAACAGUUUCUGCACCUGGGAUCCCCCUCUCUCCCACAGCCACUUUCACCCAGCACCUGAGGGCCCCCAUGCAGUUUGUAAAGAAGCAGGAAGGGAUGCCGUCAGUCGUCUCCAACCUGAAGAACCUGAAGAAGAAGUUCCAAAAGAAAGGCAGAACGUCGCAGGAGAUUCCUGUGAAGGAGGGGAGCGGAGACACUGAGAACGAGUACCAGGAGAUCACAGGGGAGCAUGCUGGUAAUGAGUCGUCAUAUUCCCUCGCUUAUGAUGAGGAUGGGUUACCUUAUGAAUACCUUCCUCCUCCACCUUUUGCUCCAGGCUACUAAUACACUGCUCCAUUAGAGAAUAAUGUGCAGAUUGACCCAACUACAAAUGGGUGCAGAAUCAGGACAAAGCGUCGUACAAAGAAAAACAUACAACAUUUUUAAAGGAGACACUACAGGUGAAAAGGUUAGAAGAACUUCCCCUGGGUUUCAAAAAAUGCAUAUUUAAAUACAGUAACAAGGCAUAGUGUUGUUCAAUAUGUGCUCGUACAUUUUCAUAGAUGAAGCCAGGAUCAAAUUACGUUUUAUUUUGUUGACAUAUAAGAGUCAAGGGUUUUUACGGAGGGGAAUUUGAGAGUGUAUUUUUAUUAGGUUUUGCCAUGAUUUUAGGGAAUUCUUUAAAUCUUUAUCAGGUCAUGAAUGAAAUAUAAAAGAACCCCUCGGUUGAAAACCUUCAGAAUAUACAUAGGAAUAAAACUGGGAAGCUGGAUCUCUCACAUGAGGCUUUAAUAAGGUUUUUGGGGUCUUAGCUAAGUCAAGAGUAUAACAUUUUAAAAACCGUAUUAUAGUCUUACUGCCGUGAAUGUGAUAAGUGCCACUGACUUGUGAAUGCUUAGUUUCUUUCUGUUCAAUAGAGAGAAUACAAAUGCAUACUGGCACAUACUAAAUGUAUAUAUAUGUAAUAUGAAAGCGUCUCAGUGAAGCUAAAUACUAGCCUUUUAAACUCGAGCAGCAGGAGGAAGUUUGAUGCAGCGUAUGUAAAUAUUAAACACGCUGUAUGUCAGCUGCUUUGAAUAGAGGACGCUUACUGUAGCAUCAGAUACAAUUAUCAGAGACAUGAAAGGUGAAGUCUGGUCAAACUUGUUUCACAGGUAGAAACACACAGGUGAGUUACAAAGCAUUUCAAUAUGUUACAUGAAUGAGUUAAUAAAACCUUUGAAAAGUG